UUCUAGCGGAACAUCUGUCUUUACCGUAUUCGAAUGCUAUUUUUCAAACCUCUCAUUUAUACUUUACUGUAACUGUACAGUAAACAUGAUUCAUGUUGCGAUUUUUGGUGUAUAUAUGUACCAAGUCUUGUGACACAUCGUAAUAGCUUGAAAUGAACUAAGCAUUUGUAAAAAUAUAAACCACAGUUUCGGAAGUUAUGAUUAUUGAAACUCCUGUAAGUAGUAUAUUGUCGAGCAUCGUGUUAUUAUAUUAAUUGACUUUUGUGUUUUGUUACAUAUUAUUAACGAUUUUUUUAAACAGGAUUGGGACUUCAAUAGUUUGACAAGUCCUGUCAUAGCUUGUGGAAGCAAUAAUGAACUUUUGAACACAACUGUUGCCAGUGUAUAUGAACCGGCGGAGGAUACGUUUUUGGUAUUGGACGCUCUACAAUUAGAUCUAGAACUUACAGUUCGUAAUCGACUUCUUUGCCAAAGCUUCUCUAGUGGCAAUCUGCCCACUAAAAAUGAUCCACUAUUGGUUGUUGAAUUGGGAAGUGGUGCUGGGCUAUUGUCAGCCGCAGUAGCCAAGUCACUUCGGAAGGAUAUUCUAACAAGUGUGACUGAUGUUGGAGUGCAUUGCAUAGCAGUUGACAUAAAUCCAGCAGCAUGCCAUGCCACUUCUCACACAUGUUUGCUGAACAAUGUCCAGGUACGAGAAUAAAAUUAUAAAUCUAUUUUAUGUGCCGUAUGUUUUGUCUCCAUUGAUAACUUAUCUUUUUUAAAUAGAUAUUCCAUAUUAAAUUGUAUUUAUGAAGUAGAUACUGUGUUGAAAGUUUAAUUACAUAUAAAAUAUAUUUUUUUAAUCUCCUAUUUAUGGUUUAUUGUUAUUGUUAUUAUAAAUACAUGAAAAAUCUUGGGGUUAAAGUACAUUUUAUCACACGUUUCAAAAACUUCAAAAUUAUUUUUUGUUAAAUACUGUUUUCAACCUAUUUUUAAAGUCUUCAAAGUUUUUUUGUAGAAACCAAUUAAAAUAUAUCAAAAAAACUUUAAAAACUUUAGAACUUUAGCAUUAAUGCAGUUGUUUUGGUUGUUUCUUUUUUUUAAAUAUGUUUUAGGCACUGAUUUAAAUAAUAUUACUCAAUACAAUUUUUUAGAAACUAUAAUAUUUCUUGCAGCAGUGUCAAGUUGAAAAUGCUGGAGUAGAUCAGUUAUCAAUCUAAAAUUUGUCAGUCUUAUGGUUUUAUAAGGCUGACAUUUACUCAUGAAUGAAGAUCAUUGAAGACUGGAUGGCAUAAUGAGGUUAUGUUUGUGUAGACAAUUUUUUGCCAAUACUUCUUUAAUAAUGGUUUUUGCAAAAAAAUUAAAAAAUCUUUAAUAUCAGUACCCAAGAAUCAUGUUUGAAAAAAAUAAAUUGGAAUUUGUGAUAGGUGUGUCAACUUGUUCCAAUCUUUGCUGUUAUUGAAAAUAAUUAAGUAUCACAAGUUGUCUUUAAAUCAUUUCAUAAUAUUUUAGUUAGGUGCACAAAAAAAAAAAAAAAAAAAAAAAAAAAACAUAGAUUAAUAAGAUUAAUACCAAGUUAACUAUUUCAAUAAUACAAUCCCACCAUAAUCUUUUUUUUAAAAAAAAAACAUAGUGUACACUUAUUGAUAAAACGAAUAAAAUUACUUUGUGUUUUAUGUAGCGUCUAUAUAACUCAUUUAUAUAUUCCUUGCUUAGGUGGAUGUGGUGUGUGGUGAUUUGUUAAGUUGGAUGCGCCACCCGAAAUCUACCUGUGUUAAUAUUAAAAAUGUUUCACAAGGUAAUUCAUAUGGACUCAUCGAUUUGUUGUUAUUUAAUCCACCAUACGUACGAGGGCCCAAUGGUGAAUGUGCAAUAGUACCUAUGGUACUUAAAAGUGAUACAAUAGAAAAUUCAACCGAGAAUCAACUGCAAUCGAAGAUUGCUGAUGCUGCGUGGUUGGGUGGUGGCCCUGAUGGUGUGGAAGUACUUAAAAAGUAUAUUUUAUGAUUUUCUACAUAUGAAAAUAUAAAAAUAAUACCCAUAUUAGUCUUUUGAUUUUUGUUUUUGUUUUUAUUUUUAUUUUUUUUUUUUAAUGAAGGGCCUUGCAUCAAGCAGCUGACUUUCUGUCAGAGAGAGGAGUGUUUUAUGUUUUAAUGAUUGACUACAAUUACGCUGCAUUGGUACGAGAAGAAAUAAACGCCCGUUGUGAACAAGAUGUUAAUAAUUUUGGAGUCAUUAACGAAAAUAAUUCUAAGGACUAUGUAUUAUUGACAACUUUUGGUGAUGGUACUGCAAAGAAACCCCUCGCAUGUCGUCGUAUCUUAUCUCGCCAAGUACCUGGUGAGAAAUUAUCAGUUUACCGGGUGUACAGACCACAUAUCUUGGAUAACUAUUGAAAAUGUUUAGUUUACCUCUUUCAGUAUAUUAAAUACAUGUUUAAAUCAGAUUUCAAUAUUAUUAUAUUUUUGUUGUCCACAUGAGUUGAGUUGUUUUUAUAAAAUUAUUAUUUGUAUUUGAUAUUCUUUCUUUUUUAUUGAUUGUAAAGAUAUGCUUCUUCUGUAUUCACCAUUUACUUUACUUUAUUAUUCUUAUUAUAAAUAUAUAUAAUAAGGCUAGAUUGUUUUAAUGGCAAGAAGUUCUUUAUUAACUUACAAUUAUUAUUAAAUACAUUUGAUCCGGUUGUGUGGUUACAUCAUAACAAGUUAUAAACUGGUUUAGUAUCAGUGUUGUGUAUCAUUAUCAUAACAAUAAUUAACACUUCCUUAAUUAUCAACAAAUGUACACUGCAUUCAGUGUAAAUUUAACUAUAGUAUAAUAUUCAUAACAAUUAAAAACUUAAUUUUUAACUGAUUUUAGUAUUCUGUGGCUUCUGAUCUAAUUACAUUUGUUAAUUCAUUUAUUAUUCCCUUGUGUGAUUUAUCAGUCUAAUUUAUUUAUUUUUCCUCAAUUACCAUAUUAUCCAGUUUUAAGUUUUCAACAUCUAAUAAUCCUACUCUAACUUUUUCAUCAAAUAUGCUUAAUACUAUUCUAUCCUUAAGAAGGUCUACAUUGAAUAACAGUUGCUUAUACAUCAUUCUACCAGAUGCUUGUACUUGAAUAGGAUGUGGAUAAUAGCUGUGUAUGAAAUAAAAAUAAAAUAAAAUGGGUUUAUAACUUAUGUAACAGUAUUUAAUGCUAACAAUAUAUAAAAAUAUUUAUAUAAUAGAGUAUAAUAAACUAUAAGAGUUCAAAUAAUAAUAAUAAUAAUAUAAUAUGUAAAACAAAAUAACCUAUUGAGAUAUUUACAACUCUUGUAUGAAGAAAUUGUAUUAAAAUAUUAUAUCUAUAAAUCAAAUAAAUGUAUACAUUUUGAUUAGAAUAAUUACUUGUUGAAAUAAAAAUAUAAUCACAAGUUUAUUUAGAA